GUCACAUCAAGAAUCAGUGGCCAUGUCGACAAUUCAAUCACUGAUGGAUUCAUUGGCCGUCGAUUCAUUACUAGUUUCAGAGAGUUUCAGUGGCUCUCUCUAUUGGCUUUUCACUACUAUAAUUCAUGGGCUUGGAGUCCCUUCCCACAGUGAUAAGGAAUCGGUGGUUUUACUGUUGCAUGCCAGCAGGAUCUUGUCUGACAGUCUGACUUGGCAGCCUCCUAUUGCGUUAAUAACAAAAUGCAGUCGCAGACCCGUACUACUAACAUAAAUCAGCACCGUCAGAAAGAGAUAUAAGAUGUCCCUCCGCUUCACAGGUUCAACCCAGUCAAACAUGGCGACACUCACCGUUGUUACUUUGCUAUACGUUUGUCUUGCUGGCGUCGGAGUGUAUCUGAUGAUGCAGGUAUUCGUCAAGAAGAAUCAUGCACCAUAUCCCCCAGGCCCUCGGGGCCUGCCUCUCGUUGGGAACAUUCAAGACAUACCUCAUGUCAAGCCCUGGCUCACCUUCGCUGAGUGGGGCAAGAAGUAUGGUGAUAUUUCGCAUGUCAAUGUUUUGGGUCAGCACAUCUUUGUGUUGAACUCCGUCAAAACUGCGGUGGAAAUGCUAGACAAGAAGAGCUCUAUAUACUCUGACCGUCCGGUUGUUCCUAUGAGUGGCGAACUUAUGGGUUAUAAGCAAACACUACCUUAUCUCCGUUACGUCGCUCUGCCUUGGUUGUCUAUCACCCCAUGGAGGAGAUUCGAGACUCGCCGAUUCCUGGAGCGUACACUCGCGAAACCCGACAGCCUGCAAACCCACAUUCGACUUACUAUUGCCGCUAUCAGUCUGCGCAUCUGUUAUGGUUAUGAAGUCAAGGAGGAUAACGAUCCUCUCAUUAACAUUGGACAACGUGCUUUAGAUCAAUUCUCGCGGUACGGUCUUUAUGGUGAUUUUAUUGUUGACUUCCUGCCAUCCUUGGCCAGGCUCCCGGAGUGGUUCCCUGGUGCUGGCUUCAAACGCCUAGCUCGUGAGUGCCGUGAGACCAUCGAAGAGGUGGCUGCUGUAUCCUACAAGUAUGUUAAAGAUCAGAUGGCUGCUGGCACUGCCCCCAAGUCUUUUUCCUCCGAUCUGUUGAAGGACCAUACUUUGACUGCGGAAGAGGAUCACAUCGUGAAGUGGUCUGCUGUAUCUCUAAGCGGUGGUGCCGACACGACUGUUUCUGCGAUCUACUCAUUUUUUCUGGCUAUGACACUUUUCCCUGAUGUACAGAAGAAGGCUCAAGCUGAAAUUGAUACUGUUGUUGGCCCUGAUCGUCUUCCCUCCUUCUCCGAUCGCCCCUCCCUCCCUUACAUCGAGGCGCUUGCCAAGGAGGUCCUCCGCUGGAAUGUUGCCAUACCUAGUAUUGAUCACUCCACCACCGAGGACGACAUUCACGAUGGGUAUUACAUUCCAAAAGGCUCCUUGAUAAUCCCUAACAUGUGGUUCAUGCUCAAUGAUCCAAAAACAUAUGCCAACCCAUCGGAAUUCAAUCCUGAGCGCUUUUUGGGCAAGGAUGGAAAGGAGCCCGAGCCCGAUCCUCGCACGACGGUAAGGAUUGAGUCGCCGUUAUAUUCUGAAUGCAAUGCUAAGGUUCUGCUCCACAGGAUCUGCCCAGGUCUGCAUCUCGCUGAUGCAUCCAUCUGGAUAUUCACCGCGAUGUCACUUGCGGUGUUUGACGUUUCAAAGGUUGUUGAGAAUGGCGUUGAAAUAAUCCCUGAAAUUGACCCCUCAUCUGGGUUGGUCAGCCACCCCAAGCCCUUUAAAUGCUCGAUCAAAGCUCGCUCUGACAAAGCCUUGGCGCUCAUUCAACAAGACACUUCCUAG